AAACAAUCUAACCAGAUGAAGAAUGUCAGUAAGUUUUAAGAUCCAGAGAUAAGCUAAUUAACCAACAGGAUGUAUGUUUUUCAUUAUUUUGAGUGAGUUCUGUUCAUCUGGAAAGAUGUAUAAAUUUUGGCUAAGCGUUUGUGUAAUUAUUAUACUUGUACAGACUCAAAGCAUUUCCGGAGAUUUGUCAAUAGACCAAAGAAUCCGCGAAGGAAAUCGAAAGCGAGAACAGGAAGUUGAAAGGAACAGAAUGACCACACUAGAACUUGACAUGGUUGUAGAAGAGAAUAAUAAACACAAAAUAUUUCACAGAUAUAAUUACAAUAAAAAUGCAGCCGAAGACACAUCAAAGCGUUGGAAUAGAGGAACUAUAUUUUAUGUGUUUGGCGCUGGCAUAGAUAGCAAUGCAGCUCAUCUAAUUCGAGAUGCCUUAGAAGAAUGGGAAUAUUUUUCCUGUUUGCAUUUCUCUAAAGAUGUCCAUAAUGAACAAUACAACAGAAUCGUCUUCACUUCGAAUCAGGACGAUAAAGGGUGUGCCUCCACUUAUGUUGGAAUGAAACAAGGGAAGCAAGAAAUUCAUCUGGGAAAAAACUGCUUAUACCGGGAUAUUAUUCUACACGAAGUAGGUCACGCAUUAGGUUUUCAUCAUGAGCACAAUCGUGCAGACAGAGACCGCUUUAUAAAAGUACAUGAUGAGAAUAUCGAACAGGGCUACGAGGACAGUUUCCAAAAAAUGAAACCAAAUGACUAUGAAGAUUUCGACAAACCAUUCGACUACAAGAGCAUAAUGCAUUAUGGGCAAUAUUUUUUCUCAAAGAACGAGUCCAAAAGACUUAUCACAAUGGAAACGCUCAACUCUACGUUUCAGAAUGUAAUUGGUCACGCAAAACACCCGAGCUUUUUGGACUACAAAAUACUGAAUAUUAUGUAUGAAUGUUCAGCCGGCUGUUAUGAUGUUCCAUGUUCUGAUGACGGCUUCCUUGGAAAACAAUGUCGAUGUUACUGCGAGGGAGAAGAUGACAACAAACCUGUUGUACCUUGUUUUCAAAAGGACGAAUGCCAAAACCCAUCGAUUAAUCCAUAUCUGUUUGAAGUCCUGGAUAAAAGAAAUUGGACAGAGGAAAAUAUAAACCUAACCUUUUAUCCCGACAAAACAGUCUUUAACUUAUUCUCGAAAAAUUCAAAAUGUAGUCUCGCUUCUCAACUUCAAUGUGAUAAUGGCAUAUGGAUAGGAAAAAUUCAUGACUGUCCUGUUGAACUCGAGAUUCAGUCAUUUGGGUGCUCACAGAACGAAGGUAUUAUCGAAGUGAUAUUAAAUGGAGAGCGUGGUUUGAUUUGUGAUGAUAAUUGGGACGAUAAUGAUGCAACUGUUGCCUGUAGAAUGAUGGGAUUUGAAUUUGGUAAAGCUCGAUUUGAAAACAAUUCCAAGGCAAACGAGUCCCUGCCAAUCUUACUGGACGAGGUGAAAUGUAGCGGGCAUGAAUCAAUGUUAUCGGAAUGCGAGCACAGUGAUUGGGGAAAACAUGAUUGUGAUCACAGUGAAGUUGCAGCUGUAACCUGUUUUGCUAACAGACGUACUAAACAUAAUGAUGUUCUAAGUAACAACGACUGUGGCAAAAUUCCACUGAAAGGCUUCAAACGAAGAAAACGAGAAGAACGUGUAGUAGGGGGAAUCGAGGCAAGCGCUGGAAGUUAUCCAUGGCAAGUUGGAAUUCAAAGAUGGGUGAAAGAAAGAUGGAUACACUGGUGUGGUGGAACAAUUAUCAGUAGUCAUUGGAUACUGAGCGCUGCUCAUUGUUAUAGGGAUUUAACAAGAAAACACGAUGGCAGAAAUAGAAAAGUGAACUAUGAAGACUUUAGAGUACAUAUUGGGGACCACGACUUGACGAAACAUGAGAAUCACGAGAAAAGAUUUCAGAUUGAAUAUUUGGUCAAACACUGGCAGUUUGAAAGAGACAGAACACAUCCCAUCCAUGACGUAGCAUUACUCAAAAUCAACUCAAGUGUAGUUUUUAAUGAUUACGUGCAGCCAGCAUGCCUACCGGGAGAAAAUGAUCAACUUAAUUAUGGAAUGAAAUGUGAGGUCUCUGGCUGGGGAAAGCGUAAUGAAAGUGGGUGGACAGUGCCCCAGUGGCAUAUCAGGAAAACGAAAUACAAUCUCAUCUUCAAAAUGUUUCAUCAGACGACUGACUUUUAAAACAGCGUUGUCAUUUUUCUUCUUCAUAACUGUAGGACAUUUUCACUUAUCACAGGCAAGAAAAUGAUAUAAACAAUGACUUUUACAACUGUUAAGGCGGUGUUUUUAUCAAAUUGUAUCCCUCUGGCAAAACUAGAUGCCCACGGGCAAUAUGUCGAGCCCGCCAGCUGUCAAAAGGACUGGGAGUUGUACAUGACACUCCUUGUCUCAUUAAGGCAAACAUGUAUGCCAAAUAAAAAAGAGAUUGCAAAAAGUUACAAUAUAAGUUAUUUAAAGUAACAACAAAGGAACGUAAAUCUAAACAAGAGGGCCAUGAUGGCCCUAUAUCGCUCACCUGUUAUCACUGCACUUGAUGACAAGAAGGUCCUCAGAAAAAAUAUCUAAGUCCAAAGGACAGGAACAACAAAGGAAAGAAAUUUAACCAAAAAGAAAAAAAAAAUUCUAACAAGGUACAGAUAUGUCAAAAUACACCUAAAAAUUGGAGGUACCAUCCAUGUUGUACCACAGAAAAGUGGUCUCAGUUUUUCCCUACGGCCAAUAAUAAACAAGAGCUCGUCGAACACGAAAUGCCCCCCUUGAUGCAUUUAGUAAUUGCACAAGCAACAGAAAUUAUAUGCUCACUGUAAACAAAAGUUCUAUCAUUCUGGUUUAAUCUGACCUUGACAUUUAACCUAUUGACACUAGGCCAAAGCGUUCUUGAGUUAUUGCCUGGAAACCAUUUUACUGUUCCUGGUCACUGUGACCUUGACCUUUGACAUACUGACCUCAAAAUCAAUAGGGGUCAUCUGCUGGUCAUUACCAACCUGCCUAUCAACUUUCAUGAUCCUAGGCCCAAGUGUUCUUGAGUUAUCAUCCGGAAACCGUUUUACAAUUCAGGGUCGCUGUGACCUUGACCUUUGACAUACAGACCUCAAAAUCAAUAGGGGUCAUCUGCUGGUCAUUACCAACCUCCCUAUCAAUUUUCAUGAUCCUAGGCCGAAGUGUUCUUGAGUUAUCAUCCGGAAACCGUUUUACUGUUCAGGGUCACUGUGACCUUGACCUUUCACAUACUGACCUCAAAAUCAAUAGGGGUCAUCUGCUGGUCAUGGCCAACCUAACUAUCAAUUUUCCUGACACUAGGCCAAAGCGUUCUUGAGUUGUUGCCUGGAAACCAUUUUACUGUUACUGGUCACUGUGACCUUGACCUUUGACAUACUGACCUCAAAAUCAAUAGGGGUCACCUGCUGGUCAUGACCAACCUGCCUAUCAACUUUCCUGACCCUAGGCCUAAGCGUUCUUGAGUUAUCAUCCGGAAACUGUUUUACUGUUCAGGGUCACUGUGACCUUGACCUUUAACAUACUGAUCUCAAAAUCAAUAGGGGUCAUCUGCUGGUCAUUAUCAACCUCCCUAUCAAUUUUCAUGAUCCUAGGCCCAAGUGUUCUUGAGUUAUCAUCCGGAAACCGUUUUACUGUUCAGGGUCACUGUGACCUUGACCUUUAACAUACUGACCUCAAAAUCAAUCGGGGUCAUCUGCUGGUCAUUACCAACCUGCCUAUCAACUUUCAUGAUCCUAGGCCCAAGUGGUCUUGAGUUAUCAUCCGGAAACCGUUUUACUAUUCAGGGUCACUGUGACCUUGACCUUUGACAUACAGACCUCAAAAUCAAUAGGGGUCAUCUGCUGGUCAUUAACAACCUGCCCAUCAACUUUCAUGAUCCUAGGCCCAAGUGUUCUUGAGUUAUCAUCCGGAAACCGUUUUACUGUUCAGGGUCACUGUGACCUUGACCUUUCACAUACUGACCUCAAAAUCAAUAGGGGUCAUCUACUGGUGGUGACCAACCUCCCUAUCAACUUUCAUGAUCCUAGGCCCAAGCGUUCUUGAGUUAUCAUCCGGAAACGGAUAGGUCUACAUUCCGACCUACCGACCGACAGACCGACCGACCGACCGACAUCUGCAAAACAAUAUACCCCUCCUUUUUUCAAAGGGGGGCAUAAAAAGUUACUAAAAAUAAGCUAUUUAUAUUAACGUAAAAGGGAAGUAAUUAAAAAGAAAAUUGUUGUAAGUGAACAAAAGAAGGAUCUGCCAAAUAAAUCUGUUGACAUAAAUGAAAUUUCAGAUCAGUAUCUUUAUUAGUUACGGAGAUAUACCCAUUUUAAUUUGAAAUAAAGGGAGGUAAUUUGACAUAAAAUCAGUCCAUAGUUAUCUACCCUGAUUGUCUCAGUCCAACUAAUGACAAUAAUGAAAUUUCAAAUAAGUCCUGUAAGUACUUACUGAUAUAAAUCCAUUUUGACUACAAUCAAGGGAGGUAAUCAGAUAUAAAAUAA